AUGCUCGAUAAGGCUCGUUGGCAAACGAAUUCCGCCAGAACCCUUCUUUCAUUAUCCAAGUCCAGUAUCUCCGCUAUGACCUCGCCAUCGAGAGCUUCUUUUCUCGAGACUCCUGUUGCACGAUCAUACGUAGCGCCAUCCAAUCAGUUACGAAAGAAUCUACGCAUGAUACCUGGGACGCAUGAUGGUGGAUGUGAAGUUCUUUAUGGUGGUGCUGGCCUCUUGUAUGGUCUUUUACGCCUGCGAAAGUACGAGUUGGCCUCCGACAGAGACAUUGAGCUCGUUGUCUCUUCUAUCAUGACUAGAAGAAGGUUCGGGGCGUCCAUUUAUCAAGAUAGCAUACCGAAUCAGCAGAACCUCCGGUACUUAUGUGCUGCCCACGGUGUCGCUGGAAUUCUGCAGAUCAUAUUAGCUUACCCUCUGGACGUGUUGGAUCCAUACAUUUCUGACGUCCUGAGCACGGUAGAGUGUCUAGUUGGUUGUCAAGAUGAAGAGGGCAAUUGGCCUACGAAAGCACCUAGGUGGUGCCAUGGCGCAACCGGAAUCGUGAUCUUAUUGUCUACGCUUCUGAAAUCAUCGUCGAAAGAACCACAGGUAUUCCAUGCUCAUACCCAUCUUCUCAACAAUGCCAUGGCAUCUAUUCGCAAAGGCACCUCCCUUGUCUAUCGUUAUGGAUUUCUUCUAAAAGGUGUCGGAGACAGCGAUCACGGGCAUAAUUCUGAGUAUUAUCUUGCACGUCUUGCUACAUCGUGCGAAAAGUUGACCGAGAAUGGGAAGAUGGGAGUGCUUGAUCGGCUAGGCAAUCUUUACAUGGGCUAUCUGGGGUGUGCUGCGCGUGGAAAGAAAUGA